UCUUAAGUCAUGUCAGCUGUCAUUUCUAUUGACAAUUUUCUUACUAUUUUUCAGAUCAAAAUAAAUUUAUAUUAUAACUUAUAUAUAACAAUUCCAAAAAGUAAACUUCAAAACUGGAUUUCGUUAAAACAUGAAAGAGGAAAAUAUUUCCGAAGCUGUCGCCAAUAAAGAAAUCAUGAAUGGAUCUCCGUCGUUACUUAUGAAAUACUGGGAAUACUUAACACACGAACUCGGUUCACAACUAGGCCAAUAUUUUGUCAAGUUAUUAUACGCUUUUUAUAUGAAUUUUACAUUCCCAAACGUGCUUUUAUUUUUGAUUAAGUUUCUCCCAACGGGAAUAUAUAUACAUAGAUUUAUCAACAACUUAUAUAACACAACACAAGAGAGAAUGAGGCUCAAACAGUUGGAGUUGGACGAUAUUAAUUUGCAGAUCCAAAUAGUGAAUACGAAACUGAGCGUACGUGACGGAGAAUACAACGAGAGGAAAAAGCUUUUAAGGAAAAAAACGGAGCAACUUAACAAGAUACGAGCAAAAGUCAGGGAAGUUAUAGCGGCUGAUAAGGAAUUAAGAGACGUCAUCAAAGACAACAUAUCAUGGGAUGAGGAGAUGGAUUGCGACAACAACACCAGGGAAGAAGAGUGCACAUUUAUAGUGGAAUUACUAAAGGAGCUGAAGUACGAUCAGGUGGUGCCAGAUAUAGACGUAGGCGUGAGUGGACCAGCUUCAGGACAGAGGAUCGACUCCGGCGAGAACCGGUCUGCGGCCGACAGCGAGUGUAAACAGGAUUGUCAAAUCAAAAUCGUCAAAGUCACGAACGUUUAUAAAGUAGCGUACCUCCGACACUACAUAAGACAGAAGAGACUGAGACGCGCGAACAAACAGGCGAUGUUGAGGAAAAAGAUGGACGACAUAAAAAAAUUGUUGGACGAUUGGCAGAGAACUUUAAACAUGGUCAUCAACAGCAAGGUGCCGCUCAUAAACAUGAACUCGCAGUACAUCGACAUACCCUCACAAGAAGCCAUGGGAGACUGUUUCAAACAGAACUUUUACAUCCUAUCCGAUUCCGACAGCGACUUCAGGAACAGCGUCGACAACUGUCACGACGACUACAUGGAUUAUAACGGGGAGAAUGCUUUCACGAGAGAAUACUGCGAUCUCAAAGAGUACGGUGACAGCAUAGAGGCUGACGAAAAGUGCACCUGCAAUAAGACACCUGGAGUUCUGUUCGUAGUACCAGAAGAAACUAGAAGCCAGCUUGAAAUCGAAGAAAUCAAAAACAAUACAGACUAGCGCUGGAAGCGUCUCAAUGAAUCGCAUGCAUUAAUAAUAAUUGCAAUAAAAACGAGUGAUUCUCACAUGUGGUCGCCGGUAUGACCUCACGGGCGUCCUUUUAUACAAACUUUGUGCUUUUUUACAACGCGUCGGUUUAUUAAUAAAGUUUUGUAU